AUGGAGAUGAUAGUGUUCGCGGUGAGGAUGAUGAUGGUGGAUAUAGAGGUGAUGAAGCUGAGUGGGAAGAACACGAGAGAGAUUCUUGUUAGUGAAAGCCAUGAAGAAGUAGCGAUGAUCAUCGAUCAUCUCUUUAAGCGUCAAGACUCCGAAGAGUAUAAAACAUCGCGUGCGCUUUACGACAUCUGCGUUUCUUGUAACCCAGAAUCUGACAUCAAGAUCCUCAGGAAAAUCGUGUCUUUUGUAACUUACAAUGUCGUGGAGUUGCAUAAAGACAAAUGGGACGAGCUCGGUGAUUGUAUAUUAUCCCUAGCGAGUAGCAAAGAACCUGUCAAGGCUUUUCACGUCUUCAUCGAUCUGCCACCAGUCUACAAGAAUCAAUGCCAUUUUGUGUUGGCUUCCAUGAACGAGAUCGAAGGAGUAGUCGGAACAGAGACCAAGGAGAUUGUGAGGAAUGCCAAAAUGUUGAUUACAGAACCACAUGAUGAUCUUAAGAAUGGUAGAGAAGAGUUUGAACGAGCUACGAGAUUAUAUUGCAUCGAAUUCUAUAAGAGAGCUUGUGGAAAGAGAAAUGGAAGUUGGUCUUGUGAGGAGAGGUUUCAGAGAUGUGGAAACAACUGGAAUGAUACAGUACUAGCCAAUACAAAUUCAUUGCUUUGGAGACUGUAUGCAAUCAAAGGCAAUGUAAUUGUUGAGAGAGGAGUGAAACAAGUUGAGAAAGAGCUUCCAGAGAAUGAAAGAGGUGGAACGUUUACAACUUGGACAGUCCGAAAGGAUGAAGAAGCUGCGGCUAGAGAAGAGCAGAUCAAACGCGAGGACGCUAGAAAAAGAGAUGCUGAAUCUCGUCUCGAAGUGCUUCGUAACGUCCGUGGUUUAGCCCCUCUCACCGGAGGCAGAGAAGGCGUCCUUGAGAAACGUAACGAUGAAAAUGAUAGUGUUCGAGGUGAGGGUGAUGAUGGUGGAUGUGGUGGUUAUGAAGCUAAGAAGAAGAAGAUGAGUGGGAAGAAGAGCUUAAAGGAGUUGAAGAGGGAGAGGGUUGAGAAGGAAAGAGAGAGAGCCCUUUUCAUGAAACAGAGCCAGAGAGCCGGUGGUUUUUCUCGGAGGUGA